CUCAGCAGCUCGCAUCGUCACAUCAGGGUUUUCCGACGGACUGCGCGGAUUUAGUCGACUUAUUUAUUUAAUAAGUCGUUAUAUAAUACACACCGACUUAAGAUACACUCUCGCACACGCUGAUCGUCCUCAACCUACCAGCACGUCUAAUGCACCUGUCCUGUUGACAAACUUGAAGCGACAGCGCUGACCUGGAUAACCGCUGCGCCUGUGUCCCACACUGAGGCAGGCCUCUGCAAGCAGACGGACUCACAGACACCAGAGGACAGAUAACUGUGUCAGCAGAACAUCAGCAGCCUGCGUCUCGAGGAGUAGCAGCAUCCACACCAUCCUCCCUCAUCCUCCUCGUCCCUGUCUCUUCUGACAUGGCAGACCCCGGCCUCACGUCACCUUCUAGGACCCCACUGCGCUCCCCCAACUCCUCUCUCACCCUCUCUUUCCCCUUCCUGAGGGAGAGGAGCCGGGUAUGGGAGGAAGGGAAAGAGCAGCCGCUGCCUCGGGAUUUGCCCAGCCCGUUGCCAACCAAACGCAACCGCACCUACUCAGCUACGGUACGUGCUCACUCAGGUCCGGCGUUUAAGGGCGUGUGUAAGAACUUCUCCAGGUCACAAGGUCACGGCUUCCUCCGACCCUCCCAUGGUGGCGAAGACAUCUUUGUUCACAUCUCAGACAUCGAGGGGGAGUAUGUCCCAGUAGAGGGCGACGAGGUCACAUACAAAGUGAGCCGGGUCCCGCCCAAGAACCUGAAGGUGCAGGCGGUGGAUGUGAAAAUCACACAUCUCAACCCAGGGACGAAACACGAGACCUGGUCUGGCCAGAUAAUCAGCUCGUAGACCUGAACUCCGGGUUG